CUUCUGUCCUGCGUCAUUCUUGCAAGACUCCCGCCUCCGCUUGCUUUCUUCUUGUGCUUUCCAUUAACCUUUCUUUUCUUCUUGCCUCUUCUUCAGUCCUAUAAACGGUGUUCCUUGAGCCGAAUCUGGGUAGGGAAGAGGCUCCUUCCUGUGGUCCUUGCUCCUCUCCAUCUCCAUUUAGGGUCGCCUGGAUACCCUUCCAGCCACGUCAGUAUCGGCCUCAGCUGGGCCCCAGGCAAGGCUGGCGCGGGCAUCACAGUGGGCGGCAGGGUUUGGGGGAGACCGUGGGCUAAGUCGUCUCAGUGGGAUGCCCACGAAGAGGAGGAAUGAAUCAAUGUGGAAGUUUUACAGAUGGAUAAAGUCACAGAGCUACCAGAGAAGCCUAAAUCACGUGCAGAAAUAACUGGAGGACUGAAGCAACUGCAUUUGGAAUCAAGUCUUGGAUUCUGGCCUCAGUCUAGUCCCAUUUCAUGGCUCCGUUGCCUUAUUGAGGCAACGUGUGUGUGUGUGUGUGUGGCGGUGGGAGGACAGCUCAGGGAUGGAUGGCUGGGAUCUAGGUGACUUGGAGGCAGAAUGGGAUCAUGAAGUGAGAGGCGAGCAAACUCUCGUCCGUAGCGGGGCGAUCACCUGUGGUCACCCUUCACCUCUGUCAGCCUCUGCCAUCCCAUUAUGAAGUCGCGGGUGACAGUGUCUCCCUUGUGGGUGGCUGAACAGCAAUUAUGACACGUGCGAUGCGCUCAGUAAGAGGCAGCUCUGGAAAGAUCUUGCUACUGCUCUGAAACUGACCAGAGAACGCUCUACUUUUGAGACUUGAUGUGCUUUUCCGUCACUGCGUGCUGCCUGGUUGGGUAUGAAGGCCCUGGGCCCUGGGCUGUAGCGUUUGCUUAAUGAAAAGCUGAGUCUGGAGGUAUAGGAGACCUGUCAUGUGGACUUGGAUACGUUGGAAGCAGCACCGAGCAUCAGCAAUGGAUUGCUACAAAGAUGUGAAAGGCUCCAUCCGCGAAUAUGACGCCCUCACUCUUAAUGGAAAGGAACCCAUUCAGUUCAAGCAGUACGCGGGCAAGCACGUCCUUUUCGUCAACGUGGCCACCUACCGCGGUCUGACGGCUCAGUAUCCUGAACUGAACGCGCUUCGGGACGAGCUGAAGCCCUGGGGCCUGGUCGUGCUGGGCUUUCCCUGCAACCAGUUUGGGAACCAGGAACCAGGAGAGAACUCGGAGAUCCUUCCGGGGCUGAAGUAUGUGCGUCCAGGGAGAGGAUAUGUACCGAAUUUCCAGCUUUUUGAGAAAGGGGAUGUGAAUGGCAAAACAGAACAGAAAGUCUUCAGCUUCUUGAAGCUCUCCUGCCCUCACCCCUCUGAGGUGCUGGGCUCUUUCAGACACAUACCCUGGGAGCCGGUAAAGGUCCACGACAUCCGCUGGAACUUUGAGAAGUUCCUGGUGGGGCCCAACGGGGUCCCUGUCACGCGCUGGUUCCACCGGGCUCCCAUCAGCACCGUCAGAUCGGACAUCCUGGAGUACCUGAAGCAGCUAAAAACGAAACAGGAAGCCCGCGUGUGGGGCGGGAGCCAUCCUGCUUCUUACCUGAAGACCUGUUUUUAAAAAAUUCCGUAUUUCACUACGCUGUCUUCCUAAAUGGCCUCCACUCGACUCAAUCACUCUACCCUGCCGAAGUUCCCCCUCCCUACCGAGUAGAUUGAUGCUCAGAAGGCUGCUGCUAUUUCUCCUUGUAAGAGUACGGACGUGGGAGAAGCACAAAACACUGGAAACCCUACAUCCUCAGACGCCUGUUACAGGUGGCAUCGCUCCUAUCCGUCAAGGGAAAAUCGGCCUUCCGUGAGGAUGGGUCAGUCUGCCACAGUAUCCCGGAGAAGUGCGUUCCUAGACACCACGUUGCCCCUGCUGUCUCCACCCGACAGGUGUAGAAAGGACAGUGGGGUGGUAUCUCAU